GAAAGAGCUUGCUUUAAGUGAACCUACCCCAUACACAUCAACCAGUUUCCACAGACAACACAGACUACUCGAAAGACAUGGCCUGCAGCCUCCUAUGUGACGAGCAGCUCCUGUGUUCAAUCUGUCUGCAUGUGUUCAGCGAGCCUGUCUCUACUCCAUGUGGACACAACUACUGCAAGACUUGUAUCACAGGGUACUGGGCCAGCAGCAGCCAGAUAAAGUGUCCCCUCUGUAUGAAGAAGUUCCGCAGGAGACCACAGCUCCUGGUCAACACAGGGUUCAGAGAUAUGGUGGAGCAUUUCAAAAACAUGAGUGAGAGGGAUGAAGAUGACAUCCUUGUCAAACCAGGGGAGGUGCCCUGUGACAUCUGCCUUGUGCCGAAGCUCAAGGCCCAGAAGACGUGCCUGGUGUGUUUGGCCUCGUACUGCCAGCUUCACCUGGAGCCUCACCAGAGAGUCACAACCCUUAAGAAGCACCAGUUGGUGGACCCUGUGUCAAACCUGGACGACAGGGUGUGUAAGAGGCACGACAAGAUGUUGGAGCUCUUCUGUCGCAAAGACCAGAUGUGUGUUUGUUUCAUGUGCCUGAAAGACGACCACGCAACGCACAAAGCUGUCCCGCUAGAGCUCGCCUUCAGAGAGAGGAAAGUCCAGCUGAACUGUGUGACGUCAGAGAUGAUCAUGAUGGAAAACACCACAUCCAGGAGUAUUAAGCAAAUCAAACACUCAGCUGAUCAGAGCAAGAAAGAGUCUGAGAAAGAGAUCGCGGACAUUGCUGAGGUUUUCACUGCUCUGGUGGUCUCUAGGGUAAGACGCCAGGCUGAGCUGAUUGAGGUGAUCCAGAAGAAUCAGGAAGCUGCACAGAAGCCGGCUGAAGACCACGUGACACAGCUGGAGCUGAAGGUAGCUGAAUUGAGGAGGAGAAGAUCCGAAAUGGAGCAACUCUUGCAAACAGAGGACCAGCUCCUCCUCCUUCAGAGCUGUCCAUCUCUCUUACCUGCACACACUGAGGACCUAUUUGACCCUAGGUCCCACUCCAACCGUCCAUCUACAUCAGACCUCCAUGACCUCAGUCAGCAGAGUUGUGUGGCGACGGUGAAAAAAGCAGUUGUUCAGAUGGAAAAGACCCUCAGUAAUGAGAUGGUGAUGCUUAUACACAAGGUCAGGUUUGAUUGUUGUGAGGCUGGACAGAUACCAGAUUUGAUAGAGUUUGAUAGAGAAGUGUGGACUCCACCUCGGGACAAGCUGAUGAUGAUCCAGCAGAACGAUGCGGUGGACGUGAUUCUGGACGCCUACACAGCCCAUAACAGACUCAUAGUGUCUGAGGAUGGGAAGCAACUGAGAUUUGGGCACGGUCCACCAUCUCUUACUACUUUUUUUGGGAGAAGAUUUCAACUCCAAAGCUACAUUCUUGGAAAAGAGGGUUUUUCCUCAGGCAGGUUCUACUAUGAAGUGCAGAUUACUGGGAGUAGAGGUUGGGUAUUGGGAGUGGCCAAAGAGUCCGUUCACAGGGAGACCCUUUUCACUUGUAGCCCUGAGGAGGGAUGCUGGACACUGGGAUCUUGCAACUAUUACCAAAGCUAUUUACCUCAAACUUGCAUGGAUGCUAGCUGGACCAACAACAAACACACUGUUGGUGUGUUCGUUGAUUACGAGAAGGGAGAGGUCUCCUUUUAUGACGUGGACGCCAGGACUCUGAUCUACUCCUACUCAGGAUGUGCCUUCAUCGAGACAAUACCAGCAUUGAAAACUUUUCUUUAUUUUCUGGCUGGCGCAUCCUUAAGUCGCAGAGCAAAGCUCUACCCUUUCUUUGGUAUUAUUGAAGAUAACUUGUCACUCUUGUCAACUCUUGUCAUCACUCCUGUCGUACACCAAAGUUAAGGUGCCAUAUUAAUCAGGGGAAAUAAAUGUGUAACUUCUACCGUAAGGUAACAGUAGUAGAAUCAAACAUUACAAAAAGACCAUAACACUCAUAAUACUCAGUUCAGUGCCGUAACGGAAA